CCGGGUCUCACGCCUCUUUCUUCUCCUUCUCCUUUUAUUUGUUUAAUUUAGCCAUAUAUCCCCUUCUCUCACCAUAUCUCCUUCUUCUUCUUUCAUUACAAAUACAUUUCCCCCUUUUUCAAACCCCUCCUCAUCAGCACCAUGGGGAUCAAGGUUUUAAGUGUUCAGAACAUGGUUUCUUGGUCUUGUUUUCAUUUGAUGAAGAAUGCUAUUCCCCCACCUCCACCCUCCUCCGAUUCCACCAACAUCAAACUUAUUCAUUCCGAUGGCGUUGUUCGUAUCUACCACCGCCCCAUUUAUGUUUCUGAGGUUUUACUUGAAUUCCCUAAGCAUUUGGUUUGUCGUUCUGAUUCUUUUUACAUCGGUCAGAAAAUCCCUCCCCUCUCCGAUCAAGACCUCCUCCAACUCGGCCAUAAAUACUUCCUCCUCCCUACCUCCUUCUUCCACUCUGUUCUCUCUUUUGUCACUAUCGCUUCUUUCUUUUCUUCUUCCAACAACAACAACAAGAAUAGAUUCAUUAACAACGCCGCCGCCUCCCACUGUCCCUUUGACCUCCAACGGACACCUUCUGGCUGCCUCAAAAUUCGUGUCUCCGAUGACUUCAUUUCUCAAUUACUGGAACAGGGGAAUAACCCUAAACCUCUCCCACCCCAACAAUCUCCCUCUUUACCCCUUGGCAAAAUCUGUACUACGCCUCAGUUGGCUAAGGAUUAUACACAGCUUGUUAGAACCCGGAAAUGGAAGCCGAAGCUUGAGACCAUUAAAGAGACGCAGAAGAAACGGAUUUCGAGUUUUGGGUUGAAGAAAGCUAACCCAUUUCCAUCUACGCCCAUCCGAUCGCCUUACCCACUUCAUCAUCUUCGUUCCAUUCACUUUGCUUAUAAGCACAAGAUCCGAAUCAAAGCCAGGAGUUGAUUCAUUUUGACGAUUCGUUGAUUUUCUGGGGAAUCCAUUGUUUGAUGUAGCUUAGUGUUAUUAAUUGUAUUAUUAGAGAUUUGUAUAAAUUAUAUAUAUAACACACCAAAUUGAGAACCAAAUUACUCGAUCAUACUUGCACAUACGAUGAUGAUGAUGAUGAUGAUGAAUGCCUAGUUUU